AUGACUUCCGGAGUCAUCUAUUAUAGAGAUCCCAUUCCCGAAGAUAAUAAUACCGAACUGUGGCGUAUACUCUAUUCCAAACUCAAUCGACUGCUCGAUGAAACUGAUACCCUAAGGCAGCUUAUACAGGAGAUGAGAGAUAGUCAAUCCCAUCAGUCUGGUGAAAUAUCGAAUAUAUUAAAAUUGACCAAAACGGCGGCCCACAAAUGUCCCGCCGCACAAGUUAUGCGUAAACAUUCAAAGACGCCUUCUCCCACCGCCACCUCAGCACCCCGACACGAAUGGACGGUAAUUCUACGUCGUCAGGAUGGUUCGGAAAAUUUCCAACGUGAUUGGUAUGAUUAUCGUAAUGGUUUUGGUCAAUCACCCGAUGGUGAAUUCUUUAUCGGCUUGGAAAGGCUGCAUCAGCUGACCACGAACGAAGGACCACAGGAGUUAAUGAUUACGCUACGCGAUUGGGAAAAUGAAGAACGUUAUGCCCGUUAUGAUCAUUUUGUGAUUGGCAGUGAAGCCGAGGAGUAUGCCCUCAGGGAACUGGGUGAGUAUAGUGGUACGGCCGGUGAUGCAAUGGCCUAUCAUAAGGGUAUGAAAUUCUCCACAUUGGAUCAUUCCAAUUCGGGUUUAUGUCCGCGGAAUUAUGGUGGUGGUUGGUGGUUUAAUCAGUGUGUGGAUAGUAACUUGAAUUCGGUGUACCGUCAGGGUGGUGAAUCCACGGAAAUGCAAAAAAUCCUCUGGGCCACAUGGAAGGGUUUUAAUUAUUCCAUGAAAUUUGUUGAAAUGAAAAUCCGUCCCCGAAAGUGA